AUGAGAGCCUUUGGUUUUUACUCACUCCUGCCCAGGAUACGAUGUUUGAGAACCCCCAGCAACACCAUCACCAAGGAGCAAUUACACUCCUCCGGCUAUCAUACCAGACAGAGGGGGAUGCUCGAGAUUCGUCAAUCCAAAGGGCAGUCCGAUGGUCAAUCUUUGUUGACCCCGACCCCAUGGCAGAUCAAGACAUGCAUCUUCCUCGCCACCGAAGUCCCCGACUUCCUUUGUGACGGCGCCGUGUACGGGGAGGAUAAGGUACUCGGACUCGACCGACUUCUGGUGCAGGUCGCAUGCCUCGGCCUCCGUUCAAAAUCAGCCGGCCUUUUUAUCAACGAGGACCCGAAACACUCACUUGACGCCCAACAACUGGAGAAGCUCUCAGAAGAGGCAAAGGCCCUCGAUGACGCGCUUGCUGCGUGGCCCGACGCAGACGCCAACGCAAAUGCAGACGGUGAUGAGUGGAAAGUGGUGCGGCUACCCAUCCACCCCACCCUGGCUCCGGCUUCAUCGCCGACCGUUCGCCCCUAUGGAGAUGCGGUCCAUAGAUACCAAAGCCAUGCCCACGCUGCCAUCUGGAACACGCACCGAGCUGUACGGAUCGCCGUCAACAGCAUACGAACCAGAAGUCUUUCACACCUACUGCGGCAGUGCAGCUCGCCAUCUCACGCUUUAAUUCUCACCGAGCAGCUCCAUCUAUGUCGGCAGAGGGUCGACUUGUCAGUCAGAGAGCUGCGUGGCAGUGUUCCGUUCUUUGGGGAUUUCUCCAUCGCGGCCAGGAAAGGAUUCGAGGAGCUCACGACUGAGAAACGUCUGACCCUCUCUGACGCUAAGAUUGUGCCCAUGAUGGCCGCCCUUCUAGCUUGGCCAUUAAAGGUGGCCCUCAGCACAGAGGCCGCUCAAGGCACUCAGAGACAGUACCUGAAGAGCGCACUCGAGACGGUGGCAGAAUCUUUGCAAGACGCAUCACUAAGGUCGAUUGUUAAGCAAGGCUGA